AAGAGGGAGUAAAUAAAAAUAUUGAGAGCAAACUGGACGUCACUUUUCUCCCUCUCUGAGUGACAAGUCCCAACCCCAACCCUCGACGAAACCCUACGGCCUAUCAUUCUCAGCGUUUGGUUUGUAAAAAAUCUGAAGAAGCAAAGAUGUCAGCAGCUCUGGAUAUGACGCUCGACGAUAUCAUCAAAAACAACAAAAAAUCCGCGCCCGCACAUUUCCGCGGCCGCGCCCGACCCUCCGGAUCCGGACCUUCUCGUCGUUUCAACAACCGUGCCGCCAACCGCGCCGCACCCUAUUCCACUGCCAAGGCGCCGGAGACGGCGUGGCAGCACGAUUUUUAUGCAGGUCAACAUGCGGCUGUGGCGGGGUACCCUGCUCAAGGGGGUCGUGCCUCUUCCAUAGAAACUGGAACCAAGCUCUACAUUUCAAAUUUGGAUUAUGGUGUUUCCAACGAUGAUAUUAAGGAAUUGUUUUAUGAAGUUGGGGACCUGAAGCGGCAUGGGGUUCAUUAUGACAGAAGUGGUAGAUCGAAGGGUUCGGCAGAAGUAGUCUUUUCUCGACAAGCUGAUGCUAUAGCUGCUGUAACGAGAUAUAACAAUGUUCAAUUAGAUGGGAAACCAAUGAAGAUAGCGAUCGUGGGAACAAACAUUUCUACACCUGGUGUGGCUCCUCCUGCAAAUGGAGCUGUUGGAAAUUCAAAUGGGUUUCCUCGAAGUGGACAAGGAAGAGGUGGGGCAUUCAGAAGGCCAGGAGGAAGAGGGCAAGGCAUUCGAAGGGAACGAGGACGUGGAAGAGGUCGUGGUGAAAAGUUAUCUGCAGAUGAUCUUGAUGCUGAUUUGGAGAAGUAUCAUGCAGAGGCAAUGGAAUUGAACUGAAGGAAUUAUCAUUGUUCUAUUUUCAAGCUAUUACAUCUAUAUGGUUGUUGGGGGCUUGGUGAUGGAAUACGUGUUUAUGUAUCUUUGUCGCGGCCCUACUUUUUAGGAAAAGGGGAUGGAUUACUUCUAGCAUGUAAUAUGCACUCAAGGUUGCUUUCAUUGGCUUUAAUUUGUUUUACCAACAAGUGGAUUAUGAAGGUGGGAACCAUGAUCUCGUCUGUCAAUGCUCAAAGAAAUGUUUGGCUGCAAAAUGUGGGAGGCUGCAGAUUUCGCCCACAGCUGUUUUCUUGUUUUGAUUAAACCAAUACCAUUACAGUGGAAUCCUCAAUUAAGGUAGACUCCCAGCCUUUUCUUUCCUCCCUACCACCCCACCAAAAAAAAAAAAAAAAAGUCACGUGAUCUCAUGUUAUUAUAUGACCUUGUGCUUUGCUAUACUUGUUUUAGUUAACAAGGUUUGUUAUCUUAAGAUGUUUGGGAGAACAUCUUUUCUGACUCUGGUAACUUUGGCAUAUAUUGUGAGAUGGAAUAUAUCAUCUGUUCUAUUUGACUACAUCAAGUGCACCGGUUGAGAUACACUUCUACGGAUGAAGUUAACAAUCCUUAGUAUUUAUUUUACAUUCACUCAUGUUCAUUCAGGUUCUGUUGUCCGUGUUGCGAUUUCGACACCCACUGAAUAACUCAACUGUCGUGGGGGGUAGAAGUCACGUGCUGGUUCCGUUUGAUCAGGCUAUUGUUUACUGGCUGAAAGUGAGAUGAACGUAGUCUAGGGAGCAGUUGAUAGAAGUGCUUGUUUGCUUAUGCUUUCUAGAGUGGGUAGCUGUUGAAGUAAACAGACAGACGUUGGGGGACAUGAACAUUAUACUUGUGCACUUCCAAGCUGUGGGAAAGGGAAAGGGUGAAUGUUAAACUUCCUCUAAACAUAGUGUAACGUUUACCCUUUAAUGAGGUUUUUUAAAUAAUCAAAGUGGGCAGUCUGAUAGGCGAAGAAUAUGUAUGUCAUUUGAACGCUUGAGGAAUAAUCCACUACGUGGUAUCUUUUUAACGCAUUAUGAUCGACUGGAUUGCUAACUCGUUCAACAGCUGACCUGUGUCUCUGCCAAGUGGAUUUAUCGUGAUGCUCCCCCUCAUGCCAUAGCCGAAACUUGCAAAGGGUUGUUUCUGAUAUGCUGGGGUAAAUGAAUAUGAAUAAAAGCAAUGCUUCUGCACCUCAGUGCUGCUAAUUCUU